AUGGGUUUGCAAACUAUUUUCCGUGCAGUCAUCAUGGGGCCACCGGGCUCUGGGAAAGGAACGGUGUCGAGUCGCAUAUCACAAAGUUUUGGAUUAAAGCAUCUUUCUAGUGGAGACAUACUGAGAGCCAAUAUUCAAGCAAAAACCGAACUUGGGCUCCUGAUGAAGGCUUGCAUUGAUCAGGGCCAGCUGGUUCCUGAUGAUGUCAUCUCUCGUCUCAUCCUGUCAAACCUUAAGACUAUGGAUCACAGCAGCUGGCUACUAGAUGGUUUUCCACGGACUGUGGCUCAGGCAGAGGCCCUCGACACCAUGUGCAGUGUGGACACCGUGAUCAACCUGAAUGUGCCUUUUGACACCAUCAAAGAACGCCUGACAUCCCGCUGGGUCCACCUGGCCAGUGGCAGGGUCUACAACAUUGACUUUAACCCACCCAAGAUCCCAGGUCUUGAUGAUGUUACGGGAGAGCCUUUGAUCCAGAGGGACGAUGACACUCCUGACACUGUAAGCAGGAGGCUGAAAGCCUAUGAGAACCAGACACAACCAGUUCUGGAAUACUACAGGAGUAAAGGUGUGCUGGAGACAUUCACUGGGACUGAAACCAACAAGAUCUGGCCACAUGUUCAUGCUUUCCUGUCCAAGAGACUCUCAGGUAACCAGCAGGAUACUGGGAAGGCUUAGAUUACCUAAUACAGACAUGGACCCUUUGGACAAAUCACAAAAUGUCUUUGCCUGCACCGCAACUGUAUCUGGAUUAAGACCGAUUUGGAUUAGGGCAAGUAGUCUCCUUAAUCUGGUGCUUUACUAAGAUGGGAA